CGAUUCACGAUGUUCACGGGAACGAUGAAGAUCGAAAUAUGCGAGGCAGUCGGGCUAAGGGCGACGGACAAACAGCGUAAGUUCUGGCAGAACGAACCUAUACUCGACCCUUACGUUCAGCUGGACGUAGAUGAGAAUCAUCUCAAUCGCUCGUCCACGAAGCCCAAAACCUUCAAUCCGGUAUGGUACGAGUCCUUCACCCACGAGGUACAGGAUGCAGUCAUGCUUGGGCUUACUGUCUUUCACGAUGCGGCGUUACCGCCGGAUUAUUUCGUCGCCAAUUGCAGCAUCCCCUUCGAGGAGCUUGUCAACAGAAGCGACAAGACGGCAGACUUUUGGGUUGACCUAGAGCCUCAAGGAAAACUAAGGGUUAGGAUUGAUCUGAAGUGGAAUGAUCAAGAUCAACAGCGAGGCUGUGGCACAGGUAAUGGAGAAGGAGUCGGAGGCAGAGGUGGUGGAAGCAUUACUGCUGGGAGGGAACCCAGGAGGGAGUUCAAAGAACGACAGGGCUUCAAUCGACGAAGGGGUGCUAUGCGACGUAGGGUUCACCAAGCAAAUGGCCAUAAAUUUAUGGCUACUUUCCUGAGACAACCAACUUUCUGUUCUCACUGCCGUGAAUUCAUAUGGGGCUUGGGCAAGCAGGGCUAUCAGUGUCAAGUUUGUACAUGCGUAGUUCACAAGAGAUGUCACAAAUUGGUCAUUACAAAAUGCCCAGGCAUGAAAGACGAGUCGACUCACGAUACAGAAAGUCCACGCUUCAGCAUAGACAUGCCACAUCGUUUCGCUGUACACAAUUACAAAACAUUUACAUUUUGUGACCACUGUGGCUCGCUUUUGUACGGUUUAUUCAAGCAAGGCUUACAAUGUGAAGCUUGUAAUAUAAAUGUUCAUAAAAGGUGCCAGAAAAAUGUAGCGAAUAACUGUGGUAUAAACACAAAGGCCAUGGCUGAAAUUUUAAGUACAAUGAAUAUAUCUCCGGAUAAACAGAUCAAAACUCCAAAGAUUAAUUAUAGAACGACGACUUGUCAAUCUGGUCAAGCACCGCCGACCGUAACCGUCACGGACACGUUGCCAACGGAUAAUUUGCAAACAGUUCAAAAAACGGAAGAGGUGCCGAUUAACGCUACUGAAAAUACAGUACCUGCUAGUGAAAAUCAAAUUAGAAAGCUUGGCAUCGAAGACUUCAAUUUCAUUAAAGUUCUCGGUAAAGGCAGCUUCGGGAAAGUGAUGCUGGUGGAACGGAAAACAAAUCCCGACGAGGUUUACGCGGUGAAAAUUCUACGGAAGGAUGUGAUUAUACAAGACGACGACGUUGAUUGUACAAUGACGGAGAAGCGAAUUUUAACGCUGGCAGCGAAACAUCCCUUUCUCACGGCUAUACAUAGUUGUUUCCAGACAAACGAUCGGUUGUUUUUUGUUAUGGAGUUCGUAAAUGGAGGCGAUUUAAUGUUUCAUAUUCAGAAAGCUCGAAAAUUCGACGAGGCAAGAGCACGCUUUUACGCGGCAGAAGUUACGCUUGCGUUGCAAUUUCUCCACAAACAUCACGUUAUUUAUCGGGAUCUUAAAUUAGACAAUAUAUUGCUCGACCAAGAGGGUCACUGUAAAUUAGCCGAUUUUGGGAUGUGCAAAGAGGGCAUUAUCGAAGGAAAAACAACAACAACAACAUUCUGUGGAACUCCCGAUUACAUAGCGCCCGAAAUCCUUCAGGAAUUACAGUACGGGGCGAGCGUCGACUGGUGGGCACUUGGCGUUUUAAUGUACGAAAUGAUGGUCGGCCAACCACCUUUCGAAGCGGACAACGAAGACGAUCUGUUCGAGUCCAUUUUACGGGACGAUGUGGUUUAUCCGAAAUGGAUCUCGGAAGAAGCAGUAUCGAUUUUGAUAGGAUUUAUGACGAAAAAUCCUGCCGACAGGUUAGGCUGUGUCGCGGCUAAUGGUCGCGAAGACGCCAUAAAAGCUCAUCCGUUUUUCCAAAGGAUCGAUUGGGAUGCGCUCGAAGCACGUCAAGUGAAACCCCCGAUCAGGCCGAAAAUUAAAAGUGAGAAAGAUACAAUGAACUUCGACGCGGAAUUCACGAAAGAAGACCCAGUAUUGACGCCAGAAGAUCCAGACGAAGUGAACUGCAUCAACCAAGAGGAGUUCCACGGCUUCUCUUUUGUCAACAAAGACUUCAAUCCUGCUGGCUUUGGAGCACAGUAAGAAACAGAAAUCAGUGAACGAAGAAGAGGAUUACAAAAUGUUAAUAUCAACUUAACGCUUCUUGCUUAAAAUAUUGGCGACGAUGCCAAUCUGCAAAGCUAAACAUCGGCGUUUCGAAGCUGCUCGGUUAAGGGUCUCCUUUGUAUCUCGUCUUUACCGGAGAUCAUUUUCUGUGUUAUUGGAAGCCAACGUUCGAGCUGCACGAUCAAGUGGUGGAGAUCAUCGAAAAAUUUGGAAACUUCGACUAGAGUUUUCGACGUCUGUUUCGUACAAGAACUGGCAGUUUUCGCUGAUAUAUCGAUCGUUAACGAGCGAACGGCGACGUUAAUUUGGCACAAGUAGACGAGAACGCGUUCGAAUCUAAUUGUGUCUUAAAGGUUUGAGUGAAAUCGCAGUUUUCCCUUUCAUUUUCAUGAAAAGCCAGAGACGAGCGUGAUCGAGAGGAAACGCCAACGAGAGAUUCAAUUUGUGGCGUUAGAGGACAAAUGUACUUUGGAAAUCAAGUACUUUGGUUAAGGAAACUAGUACAAAAAAAAAAAGAAAAAAAAAAAGAUACGAGCAAAGAAAGUCAUUUUCGAUGGUGUGUGGCGGUGAAGAUCGCUGGGCGAUCUAUCAUUUUCUGUUGAAUUGAUAUUCUUAAAAAAAAUAUAUACAUAUAAUAUUGUUAGAAGCUCUACAGAAGUAUUAGAGGGGGAUGAAUGAUUUGAAUCGAUAAGGAUUUUUCAAUGACUUGUCAACCGUGUAUUUCGUUUCCUCUCAGAGCGCUUUUAGAGGAUUGUUCCUCGACACAAAGUAUUUUAUACCAGUAAAAAAGAAAGAAGCACUCGCACAGGAUCAACCUUGAGUCUGGAAGAUGAGGAAAAAUUAUCGAUAUCGAUUAUUAUUUUUUCUUUUAUCGGUGAUUUAGUUCCACCGGAACGUGCAUUAAGGGAAAUCUUUUCUGAUUUGCAGACUCAUGGUUACAUCGUGUAGAAAGACUUGGCACUUAUUAUGCAUUUUGUUUUCUUUUUUUUUGUUAGCGCUUACGUACUUAAGUGAUAGUUUCGUUGCAGAUUAUAGGGAUUAUUUUUUAUUACGACAGAAUGAAAAUGCAAACAAAUGAUCAAGUUAUUGAUUCCGAUAUUGCUUAAAAAGUAAGUCGAGUUUUUAGGUCUUAGCGUAGUGUCGAGUCACUAGUGAUCAAGACUGAACGUAAGCUGGGCUUAAGUUUUGACAAAACCCACCAGCCGACGCAAUUAUAAAUGUCGAGUCUGUGUAUAAACCUGUGCGUAUAGCAUAGAUUACCGUAGAAAAAAAAUCGAGAAGUUUCUGUUUCUGUUCGAACGAGAUCUGGCGUCUUCGAACGGUCUAAACUUUUCGUCGAGCUUUACCCAGAAGAGCAUCUCGCAGCGCUUCUCCGAUAGGAUUUAAAUUAAAUUUAAUAUAAAAGAAAAAAAAAAUAUGAGAGAAAGAGAAACCAUGGUCGCGCAGCGAGGAUCGAGCAGGAUACGAUCUUGACUCUGGUGAUCAUGGUAUUUCAUACUUAAAAUAGAAUGUUAAGCGAUGAUAGACGCGACGGGGUCCACUGGUGGUCACCGUCAAAGUUACAUAAAAGAUAUAUACGUAUGUGUACGCAUAUAAACUUAACUUAUUUUAAACGGUACGCCUAAAGUGUCGUGGACAAACGGGGACACGCAAUUAGGAACACUCGAAACGAUCAAACAUGUAAUCGCGUGGAAUUCUCGGUAUGUCUUCGGAUCUUUUGAUCGGAUGGAGAUGUUUAACGCGAGCGUCACACGCGUGUUGAGCGCGUGAGUGUCGAAAAAUUACUGUUAAUCGAUUUAAGAGAAACAAAAAGUCCACCUAGCGAUAUCGAUGCACCUUCCAGAAUCUUCGUACGUGUUGUCUCUAGUUAGGUGUCUUUAAGGCUUGAUGCAUCAAACUCGUGUACUUAAAUUAGAAAAAAAAGCUGAAAGCUCUAUACAUAUAGUAUUAAGUGGUAAAAAUAGUUGAGCCUUAUCCGCAGCGUAACAAAGCACCUGAAGUACGUAAAAACGUAAACUCAGUGAACGGUUAUCUUUAGGUCGGACGAAAUGUUGGCUCGAGCGGCUAACGAUGAUAAAAAUUUAUCCAACACGAUGGUAAAGGGACUUUUCGUCGCGAAGAAUAAGAGAUACAAAAUACUCUAUAAGCGAAGGGCACGUUAUUCGUCGUUUUGUGCCGCGAAGUUUGCACCAAAGAUUUCGAAUUCAGUUAUUUCCAAUAGAGCUUCGCGACCGAAUUUGCGGGCUGGAUCAGCGAAUGAAUCACAAAACUCUGCCCAGUCUCGUUCCUUGGUGUAAACUCGAAAUCGUCGUUGAUAGUUCUAAUGAAAUGAUUUAGCCGAUUAUAGUAAUAAUAGCGUAACGAUUUAGUAAUAAAUACGUUUAGUGAUCGUAAAUUGAGAGGGAGAAGAGUCGCGUUAAAGAUCGCGGAUAGUAGCGCGAGAAAAAUAAAAAAAAUAUUUUAGCGUGUCUCUGUCGGCGCGAUCAGCCAUUGGACGACAACGUUCAGCCCCAGAUUGUACUCGAGUGGUUGAUCACGACGACAGAGCACGUAAAUCGAUGUCGUGAUCAUUGUCGUCGUGUCGUACCCGUACAUUUUUAUGUCCUCCGUAGAUAUUUAGGUCCGUUUAAGCAAAGAAAGAGAGAUCACUGAUAUAGGUUAUUUCCGCGCUUCCCUCCGCGUACUUCGAGCCUGUGCAGGACUCGAAGUACGAGAGCGGUGGCGUAAGAACAAUCGAGACGAAGCAAAAUCAAUGUUACAUGGUACGACGCGUCUUUACGUAUUUGUGUAUUCAUCGCACGGUCUUAGAAAUUAACGAUGAAUGCCAUCGGUACGAGGAGAAUUAAUUUCCAUAGUUGUAUAAAUACGAUGCUGGUCUCGCGAAAGCGGUACACCGUGUUUUGCAAUCAUCGGCGAGAAACAAUAAUCGUUCGCAUGUAAAUGUAGCUGAUCAUCGUACCUUUUUACAGCUUUUGCUUGUAUAGCAAUAAUUACCGACCAUAGUAUCCUUAUCGUUGUAUCGAUAAGCACGUCGAUAUCGGUUCUCCGUGUGCUGAAUCCAGAGUGCUGUAUCCUCGUCGAUUCGUACCGCUCCGUAGCGUUCAACGGUAACGGUUUUCGCUAUCGUUGGCGCGCGAAUAUAACCGAAAUCGUCCGAUCGGUCAGGAUCAGCGCUCGGGUUCGUUCAUCCGCGUGCGUGCACUUAUCAUAAAUCUAGUCAGAACGGGAAUACCGAGGAAACGGGUCUGGUUCGAUGUCUUCGAACCGCAAAGAUUAUGUUUACUAUUCAUGGGAGACGAGUUAGUCCGGCCUACGCUUAAAAAACAAGAGAAAAAAAAAAAUAUGAAAAACGGUUUCCGUGCGUUAUUUCGACAGGAAAUUUUGCUGCUAUGCCGUGUAAGUACCUAUCAUUACGUUUAGGAUUACCGUGUAACAGUUAUCCCGUACGUUUAAAGGAGAAAAAGAAACAAAAAAAAAAAAAUAUGAUCGAGCACUUUAUCGUCGCUAGGCGUAGCGAGACGAGGUUAAUUUUAGUCUUGUACCACGGUGCGAAUUAGAUAAUUACCGUGCACCGUUGCACGCCCAUUUCAUCGAUAAAAUCGUCAAGUGCAAUAUUAUCUCGUUCGGUUGUAACAAAUCCGUUUUUGUCAGACAGUCGGUUGUUCUCGAUGUUCGUUGAACGCGGUGCGUGCCAGUGAUGAGAGAACGUUAACGAUUGCCGUCCUGAACACAUCGAUACGACGAGCGAGAUUAAAUUGAACAUCCAAAGGUUUCUUUCGGUUUUUACAAUUACGUAGAAAGUAAGCAAUUGAUUUAUGCGUUACAAUUGUGCCAGUCAAAAUGCUACGAAUUACCGAUCCGUCGAUAUUGCGCGGGAGUUAAUAUUGUGCUGAAAGUGUUAAAUGUAUCGAUAACCGACGAUUAAAUCUCGUUGUUCCAUUUAUUCGCGAACAAGUGCGCGCUUAACGAAAAGAUUUAGCAUUGUUGUAGGAACGUAUCGGUUAUUAUUAUUGUUAUUACGACAACGAUCAUCGAGCUGACAAAAACGGAAUAUCCUUUCUUCUUUUUUUUUUAUGGGAUCUGCGACAUUAUAUUGUUUUACAGUAUUUACGUGGUUUCUUCGAACUCUUGUUUCUAAUUUCGGACAAGUAUUCUCGAGAUACAUUCGUAUAUUAAGGUCGUUAGCUAAUAGCAAAUGUUAUAUAGUAUAUAUACAUAUAUAUAUUUUUUAGUUUUCUUUAAACUCGUCGAUCUUUUUGCAUACUUUUUUUUUAUUUAUCGAACCUUUUUCUUUUCUUUCUUUUUUUGAUCAGAAUCGGGCAAAGUUUUUUUACUCAAUUUCUACUUAUACUUUUGAUUUUCGUACGUGCUUCGCGACAUCUGUUUAUAUUUUUGAAGGGGGAAAAAUCUUUACUAUAUUAUAAAGAUUUAACGAUACGCGUUAUACGUUCCACAGAUAUUGGUUAAAAUUAAUUUCCGUUGAAAGUCUCUCCUCCUUUCGAGUCUCGAAGAGAACUAUCGUCGUCGAUUCCGUGGCGUGUAUAAGCAGUGUUUCGCGAUCGGUUAGACAAAAUCAAGGGAAAUCGGUUCACGAAAAAUGAGAGAAAAUAAAAUGCUACAUAUAUUUAACGAAGUUUACGGUAGCGUGAUAGGUAAUAAAAAGUAUUGCGGACGAUAGUACUCCCCCGUUAUCACCCGUUAUCAAUUUUCGCUAGUCAAUCGUGUUAAUGGAACGCGUCGAACGAAAGGGUUGCCCGUCGUUUCGUUGGCAGCCCCCCGGUUAAGGUUGUCGCGUGUAUUAUUUCGUGUACGCUGGAUGUCGCGUGACGUCCACGCUCGUGAAAAGCGCGGGAAAAAGCGCGUCCAUAUCGGUGCAUAAUCGAGGUUAACGAUGAUCGGGCAAGCAACGCAAUGAUUUCACGUUGACGACGCCGUCGGUUGAUGUUCGUAAAUAGAGCAUGAAGUGGUAUAUAGAUUUACAUAUACAUAUAUAUAUAUAGAACUAAGAUCAAGAAAGAGAAUUAAUAUUGUUGCAAUAUAGAAUUUUAAGUAGAGUCGCACGUGACUA